AUGGAGUUAUCCACGAUGUGUCAACUCGAUGGAAUCUAUGGAGAGAGAGAGAGAGAGAGAGAGAGAGAGAGAGAGAGAGAGAGAGAGAGAGAGAGAGAGAGAGAGAGAGAGAGAGAGAGAGAGAGAGAGAGAGAGAGAGAGAGAGAGAGAGAGAGAGAGAGAGAGAGAGAGAGAGAGAGAGAGAGAGAGAGAGAGAGAGAGAGAGAGAGAGAGAGAGAGAGAGAGAGAGAGAGAGAGAGAGAGAGAGAGAGAGAGAGAGAGAGAGAGAGAGAGAGAUGUGACCCGUGUCAACUGUUUCCCAGCGGUUUUUCCCCGAUGUUCGAGUAUGUUCGAUGGAGAGAUCCCGAAGCGGAGAGCCUGAAUCACGGCACCGUAACCGUCUCUGAGGUUUUAUCCCGUCUUGAUUGA